UGUACAUAGAAGGUCUUUGUUGUGAGAUCACCAGGUCGGAUUUUUUAUGGCAAAGACAGCUUCAUACUGAUAGGCUUAAUUAAUGAAAUCAAUUGAUGGAACAUUUUCAAGUACGUAAAUAACUUGUCAACUCACAUUGUGAACUAAUGUAAUCCUGUAUUAUGAUCAUGUGCAACGGUACAUCCUGAUUUGUUUCAAAGACCAGAAGAAGACGUUUACAAAACGAUAGGUUUUGAAGAACACACACUGGCGUCUAACAGAAACAUCAGAGAAAUUACAAAGGCACAUAGUGAGAGUACAACACUUACAAUACAGAAUGUCAAUGUUGUAAUCAUGGCUUAUAAGAAGAGUGGCUCAUCAUUUGCUGGUGGCAUAUUUCAUGCAGACCCAAAUGCAGUGUAUUGGUUUGAACCAAUCGGCAUGGCAUAUGUGGAGAUGUAUGGUGUGAUUGUCCCUCCCUGGUCAAUUCGAAUGUACCCAAAUGGAACAGCAAGGAAUAUACCAUACUAUGAGAGAGCAGUUGUAACGGAUAUGUUGAGAAAUCUAUUCACCUGUAAUUACAAAGACAUCACACCAUAUGCGUUCCUUGGUGCUACGAAUACCUCAACAUUCUCAGUUAUUGAUGAUGACGAAUACAACCAAUGCAUGAUGAAUCUAAACUUGACAUGGCAGCAUCAGUUUGCACUGCUCCCUACGGACAUUGCUUUGAAUACGAGUGAUUGUAAUAGAGUUAAAGCUGUUAUUAACACUGUACAACCCAUGUGCCUUAACCCAAUCAUAGCUGCUAAGUAUAAACUAAACAUAUCAGACAACAAUAUAGAUGAAUUAAAUAGAUAUAAGGAGAUACAACACAUUCUUCCACGAUAUUUCACACCUAUUUCAAAAUGUAUUGAGUCACAUCAACGCUCCUGCCAACGAACUCCAAUAAGAGCAACAAAAGUACUGAGAACUGAGUUAAGAUCCUUGAUCGAGACUUCCCACAACGACCCUGAUCUCAGGAUUAUAUUCUACAUGAGGGACCCACGUGGAAUCCAAAACUCAAGACGAAAACGAGGGAGAAAUCCAGGGAAAUCUAAUAGGUGUUGUGGUGACUUUUAUUCAUUUGGAUCCGAUGAUAUCAUAUCCUCAUCAAAGGUUCUAUGUAAUAUGAUCAAAGUAGAUCUAGAUUACUUGGAAUCAUUAAAUAAAACGCAGAUGAGCAAGAUUAUCGUGGUUAAAUAUGAAGAUCUUAUUUUACAUACGGAACUCGAACUAAAAAGGAUAUAUAGAUUUCUAGGAAGAACAGAAGUUCCCACUGAAGUGGUUCAGUGGUUGGAUGAACAUAUGCAUUGUAAUUCCACCAUUCCGCACCUUUUGUGCAAUGAAAAUUCAGAAAAAGUUGUGUAUUCUUGGAGGAAUGAUCUACCUGACGCAGUCAUUGAGAGUAUAACUGAAGAUUGUAAGGAUGUUUUACUGACACUGAAUUACCCUACGUACUAACAGAUUACACUUUUCUCAAAAUCUGAGCUCCCCCAAUUAGACGUGAUGAAGCCUACAUGUAGUUAUGUUAAGUAAUUUUAGAACAAAAAUGUCAUCAUGAUUGUACAGUGCUUCGAUUUACUAUUGAUACUGCAUGGUUACAUCGUUUCCCAAAAUCUAAUAAAUACCGUAUACCUCCAAUUAUGAUAAUUGAUUUACUAAUCUGUAUUUGAGUAUGCACGACCGCUUUUCCUAAAUGUAAAUAGUUGUUUUUCUGGUUUGAUUAUCAUAUUAGAAUCUUAACAAAUACCUCGAUUAUAUGAUUUGUGGCAAAUAUAUGACCUCCU